AUGUUUGCUGACUCUUUCCCUCCCUCUCUCUGUCUUGCUCCUAGUUCUUGUCAUGACUCCUUUUCUUGGUCCUCCUGUUUGGCUUUCUCCCUCCAUUUCUGGUUCGAUUUUGCCGCUUCUCGCGCGGCAAUGUGGAUGCGUUGUUUCUAUUGUGCUGCACGAUCGACAUCAGAUAUCAUGACGGAGCAAGAUGUGGUCGCGUGUGAAGCGCUGCGUGUUUUAGGGCGCAACCCCUUUGAGGGAAUCACCGUGAAAAGGCGUCUGCGGCAGCUGUUGCAGACGCACCAAGGCAGAGACAAGUUGUUUAAAGUAGCACAGUAUUUGCUUCGCAUCAGGCUGUGGUGGAAUUCCGUUGACUUCAACGUAAACUACGUGCCAGGUGAGGAUUUUUCACGGAUGGAGAGAAAUCUGAUGACCAUCGUGAAUAGUCGGCGCAUGUUCCGCCUCGGUCGUUUCUUUGGAGAGUUUGUUCGCAUGCGCGUAACGCUCAUCAAGGCAUCAGAGCUGGUGUGCAUUCCUGUGAACGGUGGCCAGUGGGUAGCGCUCUUCAUUCAAUGCCAAAUGCUGCUCGAUAUGUUCGCGAGAGGUUUAUUAUUUGUCAAGUCAUUUCUGGAGGAUGUGGCCUUCCUCGUUCAGAAGGGCUUCUUCCACAGCAAUGUGGCUGGCCGUCUUAUCUACGUGGCGACGCGGUGCGGACUUCCAGUUCUCACAAUCGACCUGUUCCUGAACACGCUGCGCCUUUACCAAGGCAUUUUAGACGCCUCUGCCAUCAAGCCCUCGAAUGAAAUCAUGUUCUCGGAAGAGUCCUUCUCUCUGCUGUCCAAGUAUGACCGCGUAGAUAAGCUGCGCCGCAAGUUGGCGUCCACGACGGAUGAGAAGUUAAAGGAGGUGCAUAAAGACGAGCAGCUGGCGGCGAACGACAUCAACGACGAGAAUGUCGUAUACGUUGAAUCGUACGCUGAGCUCCUGUGGACUGACUUCGAGCUACACUGGAUCUGCGUAACGGAGGCAAAACUGCUGCUGGACAUCUUUGUUGCCCUCUCAGGUUCGAGAGGGUGGAAGCUGCAGGGAUCUGUGAGUGCCGCGGGCUUGUUGUCUGGGCUGUGCUCUGUCUACCGCGUGUGGACGUAUGGCCGCUAG